CCCCUUUUUCAGAAACCAAAAAACAAAAACAAAAACUGCUCCAAUUCCGAAGGAAAAAACAAGUAAAAAGACAAAGAAAUUACCGAAACGAUGCCGUCGGAGGCGGAGGCCGCCGCGAAAUCGCCGGCGAACUUCUGGGGAGAUAUACCGGAGGAGGAGUACUACGCUUCCCAAGGGGUGCGAAACACCAAAUCAUUCUUCGAGACCCCCAAUGGGAAGCUCUUCACGCAGAGUUUCAUACCUUUGGAUUGCGAAAUCAAAGCGACGGUGUAUAUGACUCAUGGGUACGGAUCCGAUACCGGUUGGAUGUUCCAGAAGAUCUGUAUCAGCUUCGCUUCCUGGGGCUACGCCGUUUUCUCCGCCGAUCUCCUCGGUCAUGGCCGCUCCGACGGCAUCCGCUGCUACAUGGGUGAUAUGAUGAAAAUAGCAGCGACAUCAUUGUCCUUCUUCAAGCACGUUCGUGACAGCGAGCCCUACAAGAACCUGCCUGCAUUCCUCUUUGGUGAAUCCAUGGGAGGCCUGGCCACACUGCUCAUGUACUUCCAAUCAGAGCCCGACACCUGGACCGGCCUGAUCUUCUCGGCCCCGCUCUUUGUCAUCCCCGAGGACAUGAAACCAAGCAGGGCCCGGCUUUUUGCUUACGGCCUCCUCUUCGGCCUGGCCGACACAUGGGCUGCAAUGCCGGAUAACAAAAUGGUCGGUAAGGCCAUCAAGGACCCGGAGAAACUCAAGAUCAUCGCAUCUAACCCGAGAAGAUACACGGGGAAGCCUCGGGUGGGGACGAUGAGGGAGUUAUUGAGGAUGACGGAAUACGUGCAGGAAAAUUUCUCACGGGUAACAAUCCCGUUCCUGACAGCGCACGGGACAGCGGACGGGGUGACAUGCCCGACAUCCUCGAAGCUGUUGUACAAGAAAGCGUCGAGCGAAGACAAGACGCUGAAACUGUACGAGGGGAUGUACCAUUCGCUGAUACAAGGGGAACCUGACGAGGAAGCAGAGAUUGUGUUGAAGGAUAUGAGAGAUUGGAUCGAUGAGAGGGUUAAGAGGUAUGGAUCUAAAUCGGCUUGAUCUAAGAUUGUUGGGUGUUUGUGUUGUGAGAUCAGACAGAAGUGUAUAUUUUGAGACACAUAUGGUUGUUGUGAUCUUGUUUCCUUGUCUAUCAGUUAUAUAAAACUGGAACAUUGUCCAAUAAACGCGUCGCUAGUUUCUAUGGAACUGGAACGUGUUCGUCUACUCAA